AUGAGCUUUCUAGCCAAAAACCUGGUCCAAUGGAUGCCAAAACGUACAUUUACUAGCUUGUCUAGUUUUUCACCACUAAGGUCUUUGAAUGGUAGCAUCCACAGACCUUUGAUGCACACCAAUCCUAUGGAAGUAACAUUAAACAAUCAACCCCAAGGCACUAGAGUAUCUGUUUUUGGUACUUUAUUUGACCUAACUCAAAGAAGAUGGAAAAGUAGAGGUAAUACUUUCCAACCAAGUACUUUGAAGAGGAAAAGAAGAGUUGGUUUCCUAGCAAGAGCUAGAUCAAAGUCAGGUCAGCAAAUACUGAAGAGAAGAAAGGCCAAGGGUAGAUGGUAUCUCACCUACUGA